UUUUCCCCGCACAUUCCCCUCCUGAUUCUGUCUGCUUGUCAAUCUGUCAAGCGUAGUAAACUCAAGAAAAUUAAAAUCUGUUUAAAUUUUAGACUCCCUUCUCCGUGUCAUGCGGUAAAAUAUGUUUGAUUAUAUCCUGCACUAUUAAGCGAACUAUAUAAUUUUAUUCAUAGUUGAAUUGAUAUAUAACGAUGGGAUCUAAUAAGAAGCAAUCGUCACUAGACGAUUUAGUUGAAUAUACACAGCUAUUUAAGCCAGUGCCAACUGUUCUACAAGGCACGGUGCUGCCUUUCCUGAUUAUAUACCCGUUGGUGUUUUAUUCUUGGAUUGUAGUAUAUGGGUUCGAGGAUAAUUUCGAAGCCGGAUUUGUUACCGUGUCUGCUAUUGCUGUUAUACAAAUUUUGAUCUGUUUGUGUUGUUAUUGGAGUGUCCAUAUUCAGUGUUUCCUUUCGUGUUCAUCGGUUAAAGACCCAAUUCAAGCAGAGAUUGUGAAGGUUGUUCCAACAUCUAACAAUGGAUCGUCUGAAAUUGUCAGGCUACACCAUACAAAGUCCACAAAAAAAGACAGUAUCAAUCCAGAUGUCUGGUUCAUAUUCCAAAAAAGCAAGUAUGUUUAUGACUGGGACAAAAAGAGGUUCAACACUGUUGAGUUUCCAAUCCACAAGACAUAUGAGGAGUACAUGGAAUCCAAAGGAUUUUUAGAUGAUGAGUCAUUGGAUCUAGCAGAAAAGGAGUUUGGCAAAAAUGAAAUGACAAUGGUUGUUCCAGAGUUCAUGGAACUUUUCAAAGAAAGAGCUACAGCACCAUUCUUUGUGUUUCAAGUGUUUUGUGUGGCUCUCUGGUGCUUGGAUAAGUAUUGGUACUAUUCAAUAUUCACACUUGUCAUGCUUGUGAUGUUCGAAUGCACUUUAGUGCAACAACAACUAAGAAACAUGGCCGAGAUAAGAAAAAUGGGCAACAAACCCUACAACAUCAAUGUGUAUAGGAACAGGCGAUGGAGACAAAUUAUGAGCGAUCAGUUGUUACCGGGUGACAUUGUGUCUCUAACAAGGUCAGUCAAUGAGAAUUUAGUCCCCUGUGACAUUGUUCUACUUAGAGGUUCUUGUAUCGUAGACGAGUCUAUGUUAACGGGCGAAAGUGUGCCACAAAUGAAGGAAGCCAUUGAAAAUGAAAAGAACCUCAAACAGAACUUGGAUCCUGAGGCAGAUGGCAAGCUACACAUGCUGUUCGGUGGCACGAAAAUAGUCCAACAUUCAUCACCAAGCAAAAAUGUCACCUCAGCCCUGAAGUCACCUGAUAAUGGCUGCAUUGGUUAUGUCAUACGCAAUGGCUUCAACACAUCACAAGGAAAAUUGUUAAGGACUAUUUUGUUUGGAGUUAAAAGAGUAACAGCUAACAAUUUGGAAACAUUUGGGUUUAUCAUGUUCUUAUUGAUUUUCGCUAUCGCUGCUGCUGCGUAUGUGUGGAUUAAGGGUUGUGAAGAUCCAGAAAGGAACAGAUAUAAAUUAUUCUUGGAAUGUACUUUAAUUUUAACAUCUGUUGUGCCACCGGAAUUGCCGAUAGAAUUGUCUUUAGCAGUAAACACGUCUUUACUAUCACUCUCCAAGUUAGCCGUUUUUUGUACGGAACCAUUUAGGAUACCAUUUGCCGGGAAAGUUGAAAUUUGUUGUUUCGACAAAACUGGUACACUGACUAGUGACAACUUGGUAGUUGAAGGCGUAGCAGGAAUUGGAGAUCAUAAAGACGCCGUUGUUGUUCCACUAUCGCAAGCUCCUAUAGAGACUGUUCAAGUGUUGGCAACUUGCAACUCUCUCGUCCAGCUUGACGACGGAGUUGUAGGCGAUCCGUUGGAAAAAGCAACUUUAAAAGCUGCUGAAUGGAAUCUUACCAAAGGGGAUGCUGUUGUACCAAAGAAAGGUAAAUCACCUGGUCUGAAAAUAGUUCACAGAAACCAUUUUUCUAGUGCCCUUAAAAGGAUGUCGGUGAUUGCCGGUUAUCAAGUGAACGAGCGCGGAUUUAUGGAAACCUAUUACAUUAGCAGUGUCAAAGGCGCUCCCGAGACAAUCAAACCGAUGCUCAAAGAGGUCCCUAGUCAUUAUGAUCACGUUUAUUUAACAUUAUCCAGAAGAGGUGCGAGAGUUUUGGCGCUAGGUUAUAGACAAUUAGGUAAAUUAACUUCACAACAAAUCAGAGAUUUCUCACGGGAGGAUAUCGAAUCGGAUUUGACUUUCGCUGGCUUUGUUAUCAUAUCUUGUCCCUUAAAGAAUGAUUCCAAGAAGGCUAUAGCAGAAAUAGUAAACGCAUCGCAUUCGGUUGUUAUGAUUACGGGCGAUAAUCCCCUGACAGCGUGUCACGUGGCUAAAGAACUAAAGUUUACUCAGAAAGAAGAGAUCCUCAUAUUGUCAGCAAAUGAAGGCACUUGGGGCUGGAAAUCCAUCGACGAAGAAGUAGAUCUUCCAGUGCAACUUAAAACUUCAAAACAAUUAACAUCUAAAUUCGACUUGUGUAUUACGGGCGAAGGAUUGUCAUUCCUCAAUGAGUAUCAUCAGAAAUUUUUGUUGGAACUAAUGCCCCAUAUAAAAGUGUUUGCUAGAUUUGCCCCAAAACAGAAAGAAUUUGUUAUAGUUACCCUCAAGUCUUUAGGAUACACAACGCUUAUGUGUGGCGAUGGUACAAACGAUGUUGGAGCUUUAAAACAUGCUGAUGUUGGUGUAGCCAUAUUAGCGAACGCGCCUGAGCGUCUCCGCGAGAAGUUCCGAGAGGAGCGUCCUGCGGAGGCGGAGGCGCCGCGCCGCCCGCGAGAGCCCCGCGAGUCCCGCGGGGACACGGCGGCUCGCCUGCGCCGCGCCAUGCGCGAGCUGGACGAGGAGGACCAGCCGCAGCUAGUGAGGUUGGGAGACGCAAGCGUCGCUGCGCCAUUCACAAGUCGCCUUUCCAGUAUACUUUGCAUAUGCCACAUUAUCAAGCAAGGUCGGUGCACGCUCGUCACUACGCUGCAGAUGUUCAAGAUCCUCGCACUGAACGCUCUCAUACUCGCGUACAGUCAGUCUGUUCUAUACUUGGACGGGAUCAAAUUCAGCGACACACAGGCCACGUUGCAGAGCUUACUACUUGCAUCUUGUUUCUUGUUCAUUUCUAGAUCGAAGCCAUUAAAACAAUUGUCCCAAGAGCGACCGCUACCAAACAUCUUCAAUGUGUACACAAUAAUGACUGUGUUGACACAAUUCGCGGUACAUUUCCUCUGUCUUAUAUACUUGGUGAAUGAGGCCACCGCGCGGUCGCCGGGGCGAGAAACUAAACCGAAGUUGGACAUGGAUCUAGCAGAAGACGAGGAGCGCGAGUUCGAAGCAGAUCUGUUAAAUAGUACCGUGUAUAUUAUAUCCAUGGCGCUGCAGAUAUCUACGUUCGCUAUAAACUACAGGGGCGAGCCGUUCAUGGAAGGAUUGCGCGACAACAAGCCCCUACUGUACAGUAUCGUGGUGUCGGGCGGCACGGUCCUCGCGCUGGCUGCUGGCAUAUUCCCCGAGCUCUCCAGCAAGUUCGAAAUAGUUUAUUUCCCACCUGAUUAUCGUGUGAUAUUAGUGCAAGUUCUCAUAGCGGAUAUGUUGUUCGCGUACCUGGUGGACCGGCUUUGCCUGAUUCUCUUCGGCGAAGGUCGGCUUCGAAAGGCGUAGCAUCCAGACUGGUGUCUCUUGACCACGUUCCAUAUAUUUGAUGUUAUCAUAGGUAGAUAAUAUUAUUUUUUGUAAAUAACAAGAGAAGAAGCGAUACGUCUCUAGUGGGUCUUCGUGAGCAUGAACUUCAUGUAACCGCUCAAAUAAUUUAUGUGCAUUUAAGUAUGGCGAAUAAAUGUGUCUACGGUAUUUAUGAAAUAUAAUUUGUGUAGUUAACGUGUUGAUUUUUAUCCUUUAAAACAACAAAGCAAUAAA